AGAUGCGACAAGCCGUCUAGGAUCAAUUUUAUUACAUCGCCACUUACGCCGUUUCGUCGAAGAUCCAUUGCUCGCCUAGCAUUGUUAUUAUCGGAACCAACUGAAACAAAAUGUAAAGACCUUGAAUAAGGCAGCAUUUCACAUUUAACGGAACAACAAAUCUUGCUAAAAUGGAGAUAGAAGAAGUAGAAAUGUAUGGUAACGGCAACUACGCCUACGAUGAAAACGGCACUUUCAACAGCACCUUCGAGAACUGUCCUAACAUAAACCUUCCAGUGGUGUACGUCGUCACGCAAAUCCUGUACGCGAUAGUGUGUGUCGUCGGCCUGCUGGGUAACACUCUGGUCAUAUACGUCGUCCUGCGCUAUUCCAAAAUGCAAACAGUGACCAAUAUGUACAUCGUGAAUCUAGCCAUCGCAGAUGAAUGCUUUCUGAUCGGCAUACCCUUCCUCAUCAUAACCAUGUCGCGCGGAGCGUGGCCGUUCGGCAGGUUUAUGUGCAAAGCUUACAUGAUAUCCACAGGAAUAAACCAAUUCACGAGCAGUAUUUUCCAUUGUAUAAUGAGCGCUGAUAGAUAUAUAGCGGUGUGUCAUCCGAUCGCUGCGCCGCGGUUUCGGACGCCAUUCGUGUCUCGUAUCGUAGCGGCGACCGCCUGGACCGCGUCAGCCCUAGUCAUGACGCCGAUAUUUAUGUACACAACAUUGAUACCCACCGAGAACGGGGUUUCUUGCAACAUCGUGUGGCCGGAACGUGACUUCAACAAAGGCUCGAGGACUUUCACCUUAUACUCAUUUGCGUUGGGCUUUGCCGCGCCAUUAACGCUCAUUUUCAUCUUCUACUGCCUCGUUAUUCGAAAACUGAAAACUGUGGGGCCGAAAAAUAAAUCCAAAGAAAAGAAACGCUCUCACAGGAAGGUGACGCGGCUGGUGUUAACGGUUAUAGCGGUAUACGUAUUAUGUUGGCUUCCUUAUUGGACGUUUCAAGUAGCCCUAAUUUAUUCCCCUCCCACGGAGUGUGCGAGCCGCAUAACAAUAACUGUUUUCCUGGUUGCCGCCUGCUUCAGCUAUAGUAACUCGGCCAUGAAUCCUAUUCUUUAUGCUUUCUUGUCGGAUAAUUUCAAGAAGAGCUUUUUGAAGGCGUGUACUUGCGCUGCAGGAAAGGACGUGAAUGCGGCGCUGCAUGUGGAGAACAGUGUGAUACCGAGGAAGAAAGGUGCCGGCGCAGCCCGGGCGCAGGCCAGAGCCGCAAACGAGAAAAGAAAGGCUGCUCCGGGGAUAGGUGGAUCUAGAUCUGAGGCGUCCACUGCGAUGACGUCACAGUCGAUGGCAGUGAACGAGCCGCUCCACAUGGACACUCGGCCGUCGACGCUCACCCCGCUCAUAACGCCAAACGGCCUCACCCACACGAGGCUCUGAGUGCGGGCCUCUCGCCGCCAGCGCGAGCCCUCCACGUCGCUCCUCGAGGAAGACACCCUGAUUGUAUCUAUAGAUUAGUUCGAUGUAAGCGCAUACGUGUAUAAUCUCCGACAGCUAAGUGACAUGAGCCCUGUCAUUGUAGCUGUCGAAUGUUUUUUAUCAAAUCUCAAUGUUAUUUAAAUGUCAAAUUGAUGUGAUGCGUGGGCGUGUAUGGGGAGUCAGUUCCUUGGAGUCGCGUCGAGUGAACAUUGGGUGUGAAGGAUACGUGUAAAGUUAUGUUGGACGGACAUGUUUCGACCUGGGGUUGUAACGAUGAAUUUAUUAAGUUUAGGUAGUUUUCUCGCAAGGCGAAUAAGUUUAACAUUUGUAUACCAGUUAGUGUAAAAAUGUACAUAUCGUGUAAAUAUUCAUAAAUUGUCAUAUUG